UGGUGGAGCAUUACAGUGCAGGGGCUACAAUAACAGGCUUAUCCAGAAAACCAAAUGCCAGUGAGAGAAAACAGAGAUGGCUCUCCUUGUAUUUGCUAGUACUUCGCCAACCUCUCUUUCCCCUCUUUCAUCAUCCUCAUUUGCACCCAUUUUGGCUAUCACGGCCAACCCGUUCUACAGGUUGCAGCACAAACCCAGUGGUCCCCAAUUGUUUGAUAUACUACGAGUGCAUGUGCCUUUUGUCCCCAAAGGAAGAGGUGUUAUGAUUGUUAAGGCAUCAUCUGAUGUAGAUGGUAUGGUUGUAAAUGGUCCUGAGCCUUCCUCAGAAAGUGAUGAAGAAAAUAUGCCUAUUGAGAACCUUCCUUUGGAGUCCAAACUUCAGUUGAAACUUGAGCAAAAGAUGAAGAUGAAAUUGGCAAAGAAGAUUAGACUUCGAAGAAAGAAGCUUGUUAGGAAGCGUCGGCUGAGGAAGAAGGGAAGGUGGCCACCGUCAAAGUUGAAGAAGAACAAGAAUGUAUGAUCUAUUACUUGAAGUUAUGUUGCAGGUUAAGUGCUGAUCCUGAAAUUUGGUGUUAAAUUCAUAUCUUUUUCUAUGUGUUCAAUCAAAGCUUGGAAACUCCAAUGGAUAUGUUACUUCUUCCAAUUUUGUUUUUGAAAUCAGAUUAAUUAUCAUCGACAUUGGUUCAUGAUUCAUCUGCCCCUGCUACAAGACAAUUUAGAAAACUUUAUCUUGUAGUCAGUCAUAGGCGUCAUGCUAAGUCUCAAUUUUUUGACAUGUUUGACAAAUCAGUCAUUGAGGUCUAUCUGUUGUAUUGAUAUAUCACGAAGUGUUUGAGAGAAACUGGUGUUUUAGUUCGUUG